AUGUACAGCCUGGAUGUAUCGACACCGCUUAGUGCCGUAGAGACGUGUUUGAAUGAUUUCGACGGACAAUUGCGUAAGAAGCCCUCCCGCUACGAGGAUGGUGGUCGCGAUGUCACACUUAGCGCGUACAGCAUGGAGUACGACAUACACAAUGACGUCUUGCCUGGGAAUUACCAAUGUGAGUAUUCAACCUCUGGUUAUUGCUGUGAGGGCAUGGAGAAUGAGGAGGCCAUUGUGCCAAGUAUAAAGAAUGCAGCUCUCGGCGACUUCAAACUUACUUUACAGGACUAUCCAACGUUGGAUUCGGCCACUACACGGCCCAACACAAGGUCUGCUUCUUCGGUGGCUCAGCAUUCCCCGUGGAAAUGCCAUCACUAUGGAGGUUUUGACUUGCUCUCCUCAGGGCUUCUCUUUGGGCAAGAAAAACAAACUGAUUUUCAUUAUGGUCUAGAUGCUUUGAUUCACGGUGUUCAACUGGGAUUCGGCCCGCAACCUUCAUUUCGAAUGCCAACGCCUAACGUCCCACUCAGUGGACCGCGGCGCUCACAAGAGCUGUACUACGACCUGGAGCCGUUGGAUAACGUGACAACAGCACAUGAGCCGCACUCCCCACGCGGCCACGCAACAGCGGGGGUGCGGCGAGCACCACGAAAAAGAAGUGAUGACGGUUUUGGUGAUCCUGCGAAAGGGAAGCCUAAGUUGCCUGCGUCCGGAUUGAGGGAACGGCGCAAACCCCUCGCAGAUGGGACUCCUCAUCUCCUCUCCGCCUCUAAGAGAGAGGCGUUCGCUUCUGAGGCACAAGGUUACAUGCAGGAGGUAGAUUUCAUUCUCAACCAGCUGAUUGGGAAAAGUGAUGGUGGCAAGAGUAAGGCAUUCAGAAAAGCCAGCAUCAGCACCGGUAAAGUGAGUGGAGCAGCGUUGGAGGCUUUAUUGACGGGAGCCCCUGCUCCGCGCAGGAGUUCCCAACCGCCUGUUGUAUCGAGUCGACAGAAGAGUUUGAACCUCCUGACCUCAAAGGUUUCAGGAGGCAAAUCAGGAGCAGACCGUAUCGCAGGAGAAAAGCCUUCCUCUCAGGAAAAUGCGUUAUCGCCACCAUUGGGCGGGAAGAAAAAGAACAUGGAAAUGGAGUAUCCCGUUCUUGAUGAUAACGCGUUACGCCUCUCUCUUUUGUGGCCAGGGUACCAAGGGAAAUUUGCACACAGCGGGAAUUCAGCGAAGGGUAAGGAAGAGCCGGGUCCUAAGCCGGCAGGCAAACCAAGCGCGCAUCUUCCGUCACGCAACCCAUUGCCUCAACAGGAACAGCAACAACAACAAAAAGAAAAGCAGCAACGUUCAACUCCGCGUGAUAACUUGCUGAUGGAACAGGUGUUGGGUGAAUUUGAGUAUCUGUCUGCUGAAAGUCUCAAAACUGGGAAGGAGUUUGACAUGGCAAAUCUGGUCCCACUUUUCCCGCGAGUAACCAGUGUGAUUUCAGGGAAAGAUCCCUUUGGUUCGCCCAAGGCUGCUGUCGCUGCUGCCACCACCACAUCAUUCCCACACACCCAAAGGGAGAUGGGUGUAGAAAUGAGCGAGGUAUCAGCGAAGAAACUAGAGGAACAGGAAGAAUAUUUGCUUACUCAAGAGCAACGUAUCGUUGAGGCUCGUCGGCAAGCUGGUAACAAGGCAGAGUUGCGCACAGCAAGAAUGGUAGUUAUGGACAACAGGUACGCCCCCAAGCCACCAAGGCCCCCCGUGCGGCGCAACAGCAGUCGGCUCAAGAAAUUAGUGGCGCAGCAGAAGGAAAAUGAAGAACGACGGGCUCGCGUGCAGGCAUUUCUAGAGAAGCGUCGUGCUGAAAGAGCGUUGCAGGAGGAAGUGAGGCGACGCAAAUCCGACGAGGCAAAAACGGAGCAAAUACCAAAAAGGCCAAGUAAGCCGAAUGGGGCUCCUGUGGUGGUGGAAGAGUCUGUUGGCGCAGGUGUCAAGACCCUUCGGCGUUCGCAUCAGCGGCUCCGAGCAAGUACCAUAAACCACUCUGUUAAUGUGGCGGCACCGUACCUUGACGAACGGCCAUUGGGCGAGGAAAGCAAUUUGGAUGAAACUGAACUGACCUCAACUGGACAAACCCGGCGGCUAGAGAAGAACACGAAUCGCGUGCGCUCGUUGGUGGUUGUUCAAAAGCCGCUAACGAGUUCAAGCACGCAGCGGGUGAAGAUAAGCCUGGAAGGUGAUACGACGGUGGAAAUACGUCAAUGCAAUGAGCAGCCGCGCUUUUUUAAGGUGGAUGAAUAUUUGGAGUAUGAAGAAGACAAAAGCUUGUAUUCCAUGAAUCUCAUCGAGCUGCGGCGAAAGUUCCUCUCAGGUCUAAAUGUAGCUCUGUUCCUCGCUGGAAGUGAAUCAGCGCUGCUGGUGAGCUGGAGAGCCGUCCGCGAAGUCAUGGAAGGGGUGUUUCGCGAUUUGGGGGAUAAUAGUGAGUUAUUUCUCUCUGUUGCACUUGUUCGUCAAGGACUCACACAAGACCUCCUCUCCGAGUCGGGGAGAAUGAUGCGGUCUACAGUCAGCAUGUCUCCGUUACUCGGUGCCUCUCUUGAUGAUGUUGGUUACACAAAACUACAGGACUUGCUGCACUUCUCGAAGCUGCUGGCACACGCCUGGGAGCUGGCACGCUUUCAUCAGGCACAGAGCCUUGGCUUUAUUGCAGUUUCCAUUAUUCUUAAGCAGGUUAAGGAUGGUGAUGUGGUUCUCUCAUCAAUGCUAGUAACGAGUGGUGAUUGCUCAGUUAAUCAUCUUAAUGUAGUGCUAAGCAAGGGUGAUCGCAAGUCAUCACAUUUGUUUAGUGCGGCGUUAGGUGGUUCGUGUUUUACGGUGGCAGUUUUAGCCUUGUGUGGGGAGGACGGGGGCAUUGUACAGCUCAUGAACACACAACGUAGGCUCGCAUCGAUCGUUAACAAACCUGGUACCGUGGGGAGUGUGAAACGGUACGUGGAGCAUGCGGAGAAGGAGUUAGCCGAGUGCAAAGGUAACAGUCCACGUGAGAUUGCGAGGAGCAAAGUUUUGCGUGAGCAAAUCGCAUUGGCGAAGAAUGCAUUACGUAACCCUAAAAGUUACGUUCCAAAAGAGACCUUUGAGGAGUUGCAGAAGCGUCGUGAGAUGCGCAACAAGGCAAAGCUAAAAGCUGAUAACGAGCCCACUCCACAGGUGUCUGCUACUUGUAAACCCCAACUCCGGCAGCACUCACAAAUGGCACCCAGUAGUACAGCUCCGGUGCAGCAUCAGACGCAGCCGCAGGUUCGUGUUGAUGAACGAAAGCCACCAGCACCUCCUGCAAAGGUGGCCGCUGUUUCAGCACGACCUUCACCAAGUACAUCCCACGAAGAGAAGGCAACACCUGUACUACCGGCCCUUCGUAACCCCCAAACUGUCGGUAAGAAGCCGGUGGUUGUUCCCAACACGCCUGGUUCCAAUAAUGUCAAGAGCUUAGUGCCCAACACCAGCAAUGUGGAAGCUACGCCGCUAGUUCCGGUUGAGCGGCGCAAGGGCCGCCGUCACGCAUCUACGCCCCCGCUGCCGCCGCCUCUGCCUCUCCCCGAGAGGGAACCAAAGGCAUCAUCCCCGCCCGAUCGCCCCCCCGCCACGGUGUCCCAUAAAGAGGUGAACAGGCCCAAGUGGCCUCCGCUCCCGGUGAAGCGCCCCACAGCUGAGGAACAACGUCCUUCUAGUUGUAGCGGUUCGUUGGGUAGCACGAGCUUCGGUGCGCAAACAAGAAUGCAAUCGGAUACUUCAAAGCGUCCACCAGUGAGUGAAAAGAAAACGUCGGACUCCAGCGUUCCCCGCUGCCUCUCUGAAUCUGCGCCUGUGGGGCCCACCGCGAGCACGCGGUAUAUUGGACGCGCGGAGGUGCCGCAGCAUAAGCUUGUAUUUCAUGAUUUGGAUUCAAUGCCAAAGACACAAACAGGCCCGAAGUCGAAGGUGUCCAGCAAGAUGCUGCGAACUAGUAGUAGCGAUUAUGAAAUUGCUACUGGCAGUGGCAGCAGUCCAGUGAUUUGCGACUCUGCUGAUUCAUCAAUGUCCGCUGUUGGCGCGAGCGAAGAGGCAUCUUCAACGCAGAAAGCGGAGUCACGGAAGAUGCAGCUCAGUACUGAAAACAGCAGGGGCCCGAAUAGUCUGCAAGCAAAAGAGAAGAGCACCACACAAGACAUUCAGGAUGCCUCUACCAAGGUGCGGACGCUCGUUGUGGUUGACCCGCGAUGCAACGAAACUGCCAACGUCACUCACGACGGCACCAUGGUCAUUGUCAUGACGGACGAUGACUUCGAGGAGUACGAAGUAGACGAAGUGGUAGAGCGGCCAGAUGGGUGUGAGUCUAUGCACUCAAAGGUGCUGAAUGAGUUACGUGAUGCGUUUCUGCAUGGCUGCAAUGCUGCUCUUCUCGCUGCCGAUAGCCGUUCCUCAGCUGUGUCAGCAUUAGUGUUGAAAAGUGUGGUGCAUGAUGCACUCACGGAAAUAACUGGUAACGCAACGCGCCGCAAAUCGCACCACAAGGGAGCACUUAGCGUCUCAAUUGUCCAACUGAGGGGUGAAAUGGCGUUGGAUUUGCUCAAGGAAGGUAGCAUACAGCAAAAGUUGGUCAUCGCUAUUUCUCCCAUUUAUGGUCCAUGUGUGCACAAUGUGAAGCGGCUUCCCGUAGACAGUGCCGUCGGUUUCGAUUCCAUCUUAACGACAGCUCUUACCCGUGCCGCAAAGAAUGGGCGAGAGUAUGGCAUCGUGUUUGUUUCGCUUCUGCUUAAACAGCGGAUGGAGUCGGAAGGGGAUGUGUUGGUGUCAUCCCUCGUUACCAGUAUGGUUGGGGAGAACGUCGGUCAGUACGCAGCAGUGCUUGACCGCAGCCCUUUAGUUCCACGGGCUUUGUUUCACUAUGCACUUGGUGGCCCGUGUUACACAGUGGCACUGCUGGGUUUCAGUGCCGACGAGACACGCGCGAAUGAGAUGCUAGAAGUGCAAAAACGCUUAGGGGAGAUGAUGAACCGACCGACCCACCGCGGCAGCAUUAUCAAGUUCAUUAGUGGCAUCCGCAAUGACCUGGCGCCCAGCUUACGCGAGAAGCUGCAAAACGGCGAGGAUCGUGAGUCGACGGAGAAAAUUCUAAAGCGGCUGGAGGAAAUGGCAUCUGACGCAGAGGCUCUGUUGGUUGACUUUGAGCACAAUGAACCACGGGCCUACCUCAACGAUGUGGAACAGAAGCCUGUACAGGAGAACCGUGUGGGGCGUAAACUUCCGCUCGUAACGCUCACUGGGGCCAAUGACGGUGAGAAUGUGCGCUCACUAGUGUGCUUCGAGCAGCGCACGCUUGGUGACGGCACCAUCGCAGUGCAGGGAAAUUCUGUGCUCGCCCGCAUCGGUGAGUUUGCCUGCCGCUAUGACGUGGACGAGGUGGUGGUGCGGGAACCCGGCAGCAAUGUCCUGUUCUCAAAGCUGAUUGACGGCCUCGUGGCAAAGUUCGUCUCGGGGCACGACGCCGCUCUUCUUGCUGCAGACAGCCGCAACUCCGCUGUGACACCGCUCAUCCUCAGCAGGAUCGCGUACCUUGUGGUAAACAACAAGUCGCUCGAGUCACAUUUGGCACCGGUGAAGCGCGACCUCCUUGUGUCCAUUGCUCUGGUCAAGGACGACGUGACGGUGGACCUGCUGGCCGUCGACGAGGAUCUCGCGUUUCACCGCUUCGAAGUGGAGGCGUCGUCACUCUUUAGUCACCGGCUGCGGGGUACCUCUUACCACCAUGUGAGCUCCGCUGAGAGUUUUGACCGCCUCCUCGCCGUCGCCGUCGACAGAGCCGAGCCGGCGCUGCGCUCAGAGGACCCUGGCAUCAUGGUCGUCUCGUUCAGCUUCACGCAACACAUAGAGAAACCGGAGCGGGACGUGAUCAUCUCCUCAUUGAUGGCAACAACGGUCUUCGACGGCGUCUCUCACUACGCAGGCAUUAUGCAGAACAGCCCCGACGAGCCGACCGAGUUGUUCAAGGUCGCACUCGGUGGUGCUUGCCAUACCGUCGCCAUGCUCGGGCUCUGUGACGAGGACGAAGACGCGGGUCAGCUCCUCUCCGUGCAGAUGGAGCUUGCCCACGUACACAACCGCCCUUCGCGGCUGAUGAGUGUGAAGCAGCACAUAGUAGACCUCAAGAAGGGGAUUGUAAUGCUGCGUAAACACCUUAGUGUCGCAGAAGACGAACAGCAGAAGGAGUACCUUAAAGCCAAAAUUGCGCAAGCAGAAUCCUUCCUCCGACAGGCAGAGGCCCUCUUGCAGCUCCCAUUGCGAGAAAAAAGUUUUGUGCCUUUGGGGGCCUUGAUGUAA